AAUUUAAGUGAAUGAUCUGAACACGGUUAAAAUUUAAGGUUGUACUUUGUGUUUUCUUUUAUACACAAAGGUUGUACUUUGUUGAAGAAUUGCUUGGAAAAUCUAUGAGUGAGAGAGAAAGAGAAAGAGUGAUGUCGAGCAGUGACAGAGGCGAAGAUCAAGUGAAGAAGCAGAAUCAGCAACAGCAGCAAGGUGAACGGAUUCUCGCCCCGACCCGUCGACCCGAUGGAACAUACCGAAAACAAGUUCGCAUCAGAGCCGGUUAUACCCCUCAAGAUGAAGUCGCUAUUUAUCAACCUAAACCUGCCCUAAUGAGAAAGGAAAUGGCUUCACACAUUGGUCCUCCAGGUUAUGACCCUCAAUUGGAUUCUAAACCAAAAACCAAAGCAGUUAAGAGGAAUGAAAGAAAGAAGGAAAAGAAACGCCUUCAGGCAAAUGAAAGUAACUUAGAACCAACUGUAGUUGAAGAUAGUAGUAUUAAGCAAGAAGCUGUCGUUUCAUUAACUUCUCAGAUCAAUGAACUAGCUGUUUCUGGAGAUACCUCAAUUGUUACUCCUACCACCAAUUCUGUAGAAGCUUCAGAGCCAAUUGGCUCGGCUCAAGAUUUGGACAAAAGAAUACGAGCACUGAAAAAGAAGAUUCGACUUACGGAAGCACUACAGGAGAAAACCGCAGAGCAAGAUUUAAAGCCGGAGCAGUUAGAGAAGCUAGCAAAACUGGAAGAUUGGCGUAAGGAGCUAAAACAAUUGGAGGAUAAUAAGGCUGAAAUAUCGGCAGCGUGAUUAAAGUGUUAAAAUUAGGAUGAUAAGAAUUUGUAGUUCUUAAUGUUUCUUGGUUGGAUAUAAACUCUAAAUCAGUAAAUCAAUCAAGGAUUUUCUUUUC